CCACACUGACCUCAGAUUAUAAACUAAAGUAACGUCCUUUUGCUAUAGUCGAUGUCUCGAUGACGACGCAAGUAGAGUCGCUCCACCUCCACAUGUACACGUGUAGGCAAAAAAAUACACACACACAUUACAAGAAAUGUUCCAAGCUCUUCGAUUCCUCCGCUUGACAUGGCCAUAACUAUUCUUGACACUGUCUCUAAUCUCUGAGAAUGACAUUCAUCGAAUCUUGAAGACAAAGAUGUCAGGAAGAUCUGCAUUUUCCAGAACCGGAGGUUUCCGACCUGAGAAUCUAGGGCAAAACGCAGUAUCCUUAAUCGGAAGCAUAGGCUUCUCUGUACUCGUAAUCGGAGUCGUAGUUUUCACCAUUAUCGCUGCUACAUAUGAACCAGAAGAUCCACUAUUUCACCCAUCUGACAAAAUCACAACUUUCCUCACAUCCAAUUCAAACGCUACUCUUAAAUCCGACGACAGUAUUGUCAAAACCGGUGAAGAUUUCAUGGCGGCGAACCAAACCGCGUUUGGCGGAUUCAUCAAUAUAGCUGAUGUUGAAACAUCUGAGAAUGACUCUGAUGGUAAUCAAUUGGAUUGUGAUACCAAUAUCCCAAUUGAUUGCAAAGAUCCUGAAGUUUUUCACUUGAUGAUGAAAGCUACUAUGGAGAAGUUUAAAGACAGUCACUUUUAUAAGUUUGGUAAACCUGUGAUUGUGGAAGGUAGUAGUAGUUCUUGUGAUAUGGCUUGGCGUUAUAGACCUAAGGAUGGUAAAGCGGCUGCGUUUUAUAAGGAUUAUAGGAGGUUUGUGAUUGAAAAGUCUGGGAAUUGUAGUGUUAGUGUGAUGGGGAUUGGUGAGUAUCAUUCGGGUGUGAAUGCGAGGAAGCGGAAGAGGCCCGGGUUUCGAAAUUCGAGUGGUGGUAAGGUUGAUGAUUUCGCAUUGCCUGUAGUUGGUGAAGCAGUGAAUGAUUCACUUCCUGUUGUUGAGUCUGAAAAUGUGUUUAAAGAAGGUCAUUACUUGGUUUAUUCUGGUGGAGGAGAUAGGUGUAAGAGUAUGAACCAUUUCUUGUGGAGUUUCUUGUGUGCUUUAGGGGAAGCUCAGUAUUUGAAUAGAACAUUAGUGAUGGAUUUGACUCUUUGUUUGUCUUCUGUUUAUACAUUGUCUGGUCAAAACGAGGAAGGGAAGGACUUUAGGUUUUACUUUGAUUUCGAGCAUUUGAAAGAGGCUGCUUCUAUGUUAGACCAGGUGCAGUUUUGGGCUGAUUGGGGGAAAUGGUAUAAGAAGAAUGGAUUAAAGCUUCAUCUUGUGGAAGAUUUUCGGGUCACACCGAUGAAGCUUGUUGAUGUGAAGGACACGUUGAUAAUGAGGAAGUUCGGGACAGUAGAACCAGAUAACUAUUGGUAUAGAGUAUGCGAAGGGGAGACAGAAUCUGUUGUGCAAAGGCCUUGGAAUCUAUUGUGGAAAUCUAAACGACUGAUGGAGAUUGUUUCUGCGAUUGCUUCGAGGUUAAACUGGGAUUAUGAUGCUAUUCACAUUGAGAGAGGAGACAAGGCGAGAAACAAGGAAGUUUGGCCUAAUCUUGAAAAGGAUACUUCACCAAGCUCCAUUUUAUCUACCCUCCAGGACAAAAUCGAACAAGGAAGGAAUCUUUAUAUUGCAACAAAUGAACCAGAGUUAUCUUUCUUUAACCCCUUGAAAGACAAGUACAAACCCCAUUUUCUGGAUGAGUUUAAGGAUCUCUGGGACGAGAGCAGCGAAUGGUAUUCAGAGACAACGAAGCUUAAUGGAGGAAACCCAGUUGAGUUUGACGGUUACAUGAGAGCGUCUGUUGAUACAGAGGUGUUCUUGAGAGGGAAGAAGCAGAUUGAAACAUUCAAUGAUCUUACCAAUGACUGUAGAGAUGGAAUCGGCACUUGCAACGUAGCAGCAAGCUGAUCGCUCUGGUAAGUAUUUCAAAAGCUUGUUAUCAGAGACAGUUGUUUGUUUGUAGGUUGAUAGAAAACUUGAACCGUCUUGUUCCACUUGUUUCCACUUUGGUACCUAUAGAAUAGCUGUUUGUAUGUUCAAUCACUAAUGUAACGUUUCUUCUAAACUACUAGUAUUUUCCUCUCUACAUCUUCCUUCUUUCUUUGAAUGGUUACCAGCCUAGACUUGGCGUUUAGGUUGAGCUACUUUGUCAGUUGCUAAGUUGAUGAACUAUUCGUGAGAUUUCGAAUG